GUCCCCAGUUAUAAGUCUCUGCGGACUCAUCAGGACUCACAGACUCCCCAGACCAGGAGGAUGCCAGUCAUGGGGUCCCCAGCCCUCCUCCUCCUGCUCUGGGGGGCCCUGGCCCUGACCCAGACCUGGGCAAGCCCCCACUCCCUGAGAUGGUUCUCCACCGCCGUGUCCCGGCCCGGCCGCGGGGAGGCCCGGUUCCUGGAGGUCGCCUACCUGGACGACACACAGCUGGAGCGGUUCGACAGCGACUCCGAGAGUCAGAGGGCGGAGCCGCGGGCGCGGUGGGUGGAGCAGGUGGAGCCGGGCUAUUGGGACCUGAGCACCCGGAACGCCAAGGCCACCGCACAGACUUUCCGAGGGAGCCUGCACAACCUGCGCGGCUACUACAACCAGAGCCGGGACGGGUCUCACACGAUCCAGUGGAUGCAGGGCUGUGACAUGGGACCGGACGGCCGCCUCCUCCGCGGGUACCACCAGUCCGCCUACGAUGGCACCGACUACAUCGCCCUGAACGAGGACCUGCGCUCCUGGACCGCGACCAGCACCGCAGCUCAGAUCACCCGGCGCAAGUGGGAGGAGGCCGGUGAGGCUGAGCGAUUCAGGAACAUCCUGGAGGGCAGGUGCCUGGAGUGGCUGCGCAGAUACAUGGCGAUGGGGAAGGAGGUGCUGCAGCGCGCAGACCCUCCAAAGACACACGUGACCCACCACCCCAUCUCUGACCGUGAGGUCACCCUGAGGUGCUGGGCCCUGGGCUUCUACCCUGCGGACAUCAGCCUGAGCUGGCAGCGUGAUGGGGAGGAGCAGACCCAGGACACAGAGUUUGUGGAGACCAGGCCUGCGGGGGAUGGGACCUUCCAGAAGUGGGCAGCCCUGGUGGUGCCCCCUGGAGAGGAGCAGAGAUACACGUGCCAUGUGCUGCACAAGGGGCUGCCCAAGCCCCUGACCCUGAGAUGGGAGCCGCCUCCUUGGGCCACCAUCCCCCUUGUGUGCCUCGUUGUGGGCCUGGUCAUCCUUGGAGCUGUGGUCACUGGAGCUGUGGUCACUGGAGCUGUGAUGUGGAGGAGGAAGCGCUCAGGUGGAAAAGGAGGGAGCUAUGCUCAGGCUGCCAGCAGCGAUGGUGCCCAGGGCUCUGAUGUAUCUCUCUCGGCUUCUAACCGUGAGACCCUGGCGAUAGCAGCCUGAGGCACUUGUCCGGGACUGAGUGAUGAGAGAUUUGUUCACGCUCCUACUUUGUGAUUCAAGAACCUCUGGUUACUUUCUGCAAA